CCCUUUUGGUGAUGACUCCACAGUAAUGUGAAAAUGUAUGUUUCUUUUUCUUAGGGCCUUGUCUGUUGUGAUGGUCAGCACAUCUUCUUUAAUCUCACGGCAUUUUCAAGAAAGAUUAAUAAACAAAACAGAGCUCCUGAUAGACACCCUAGAUUCUUCCCAGGUCAACAUUGCAAGGAGAAUACUACAGUUUCUUCGGAAUGUUAAAUAUAACCAUCAGCCGCUCUUAGAAAAGUGUAAUAAAGUGUUUUUAAGCAACGUGCACGACCUUGAUUUGGAUUCUAUCAGUAAAAUAAAUGAGCUGUACCAGUCUCUACAGUUUCAUAGUCUUGAAUUUAUGCAGAUGGCUAAAAAGAAGCUGACGGAAAUGAUUCCUCUGUGUGAUGACCAGGCCAGCUUUGUAAAAUUAUUUGUUGUGCUGGGACCCUGGGCAGGACCUGAAGAAAGAGAACAACUUACUUCAACCGUCUUAUUGAUGUCCGAGGAGCUGACCAGCCAGCAAGCCCUGGCGGUGUUGGGAGCAAUGGAAGAGAUGGAAAGUAGGAAUUCACAGCUGAUUAAAAA